GCUCCCGCCCUCCUGAUCCCCUGAGAUCCCUCCCUGGCAGCCCGGGACCUGUUUGCUUUUUUCCCUGCUGUUUUCGUUGUCCCUUUUUUGCUUUUUCCGGCCGAAAAUCCUCGACGACAACCGCCCUGGAAACAACCCACCUUUCGCUUUUACGCCAGCUACCUCCAGCGACUACGCAGAUCCGUCAUCUGAAGUCAUCGCUAGAGGUAGUCACAGCUCCGCUGUGAAAAAGAGUCAAUUGCUGUGUUAGUCGUGCGGGAGUAGCGUUAUCAGUUCUCGACCGUGGAAAGCCUACCUCAGCGACCGCCCGAGAUUUUUUCUUAUUCGCUUCCCAAGCCACCUUCAACCACAGAACUCUUAAAUUCAACCACCAGCGCCACCGCUAGAGCACAAAACCAUGGCGUCAACGUCAGAUGUGCACGGUUCUUCUCCUGUGCCGACCCUACCCCAACCGAACGAGAACGGUCGCUCGCACAUGUCCUCCCUUUCAUCUUCAUCCUCCAUCUCCGACGCAGAGACUGAACGUAGGGGGCGCUCUGAGAGACCUCGUAUGGCCAGUCGGAAACCAAGUGCCUCGAUACUAGUUCCCCGAGAUCAUCCCGAAAUUGAAAUCGAAGAAGAAGAGUUUCCCCCUGACGACGCGCGCGCCAUGAGUCCUCGACGCAACUCUGCUGACUUGGAGCGACUGGGCAAGGAAGCCAGGCAAACACUACAGGAACAAGCCAAGGCCCUUCAGUCGUCCCUCCAAGCACUUGCUGAACGCAUCGAAGCCGUCAAAUCGGACCACGAUAAGCUCGAGAGUGAGAACCGGUUUCUCCAGGAUUACAUUGGUGGAUUAACCCGCAAUAUGACCAAGAGCGAAAUGACGAGGAGUAGCACCAAGGUCAAAAAGUCGCAGAAAUAGCUACGCCGCCGCAUUGUCAUCCCGGCUGUUCGGUACCGAUAACGGUCGGGAAUUCGCUGCCCUGGGAGAAAGCGAGCGAUAAGAUCAAAUCUACGAUAUUCAAUCUUCUGCGCGAUGACCUUCUAUACCAUUCACUUGAUGAAUUCUCGGGUCCGAUGAUGCCACAUUCCUCGCCUCAUCAUGCAGGUGUCUCGCAUACGGCGGAAUGAGACGCUCUUGGCUGCA